AUGUCGUCUUCCUUCAGAAAUCCUCUGAGGAGGAGAUGGAGAGCGGUGGUCCAGUUCUGGUUUCUGACCGGCGUCCUCUCUCUGGUGGGCUGCAGGGUUUCCUCUCUCAUCGUGCUGGAGUUUUCCCUCAGAGCCGUUUCUGCAUUGACCUCCACCGGACAGGACGACGGGUCCAGAGGUCCGGAGCUGCUCCUGAUCCAGAGCCAGUUCUCUCUGGGCUGCGGCCUCACCUGCACGCUGGCCUUCAUCCACCAGGGGGCGCUGCACAGCUCCUUCGGCUUGCUCCUGGCCGCUGCGCUCAGCUGGGCAUUUGCGAGCUACAGCGGCGGUCUGUGGCGCCAUGUGGCCAGGCUGUUCCCGCUGCACAGGACCGAUGGUUACUGUGGGAAGUGCAUCAACCUCCUAACCUCUGGACACACCAUGAUGGCCUCGCUGCAAAGAGUGGUUAUCUUGGCCUUCGCUACAGCAGCUGUGGCUUCCACCGCCACGGUUUACGAGCACUUCUUAUCCCAGAAGGGUGCGAUGAAGUUCUGGACUCCACUCACUCUCUGCUACACCAUGUUGGUGGCCUACAACCAAGAGGAACAACAUCGGCUGAGCAUCACUGAGGCCCUGCUGCGCACCGUGGUGCUGCGACUGGGAGGCCUGCUGGUUCUGAUGCUGGCAGUGGGAAACUGGACCGACGUCCUGCACAUCCUCGUCGCUUUUCUGGGAGAAGGAGUCUGUCUGCUGCCUUCUGAGGAUCUGCUGCAGGCUGCGUUAAAGGAAGAACGAGAACGCAACCAGGACAAACAGAGGACCUGCCUCAGAUCAAGGAUGAGAAUACAGUAGAAGAUGGUUAGCAAACACCCCAUCGUGAGUCAGAGGAACGGCCUGAAUGUUUCCAGAAAUGCUCUGAAUUUAGUUUUGAAUUGGUGAGAGGUAUUUGAAAUAAAGUUUGGACAAGAAGGA